CGGCACGCCAAUUGCGCGUCUCAGACACAACCUUCAGCUUAUGUUCUGCUCUUAUGGGGGGCGUAUGCUGCUGUGGCCCUUGCAGUCCGCGGUUUGAACGCAAACGCCAGUCUACUUCAGGAGCAUCUCCAGACUUGGGUCGCCGUGCCAUGAAUCUCUUAGGACAUACUGGUAGACUAGCAGGAGGCCUAUGUAAAGCGCUUAGGUUGCAAGCCGGAGCCAUAACACCAGCGCGCGUACUAGCCAUGAGCAAGCGGACGGCAUCAGGGGCCUUCGCAGACGCUGCUGGGGCCGCUUCAUUAAGUCGUCCCAACAGCAGCUCCGCAGCAUCACCACAGCAGCCUUCAAACAAGCGGAGACGACUACAGCCGGUCGCGGCGGGCCCAUCCGCUGCGCAAACGACUGUAACAUCAACCCCCAAGGCUGCGUCCUCACCCAAGGCGCAAGCCAAGCCGCAGGCGGCGAAGGCGGAAGAUGACGGAGGCAUGUGGUUAAUCGUCGGAUUGGGCAACCCGGGAGCUAUGUACGAGAACACACGUCACAACGUGGGCUUCAUGGUCCUCGACGAGCUAGCCCGCCAGGCCAGCAUCGACUGCCGCAAGCUGGAGAAGGGCGCCGCGGUGGGGCGCGGCGAGCUGGCGGGGCGGCCCGUGCUGCUGGCCAAGCCCGCCACCUUCAUGAACAACUCGGGCGAGGCGGUGGGGGCGCUGGCGCGCUUCUACCGGGUGUCGCCGGGUCGGCUGCUGGUGCUGGCGGACGACCUGGACCUUCCCCUGGCGCAGGUUCGGCUGCGUCAAAAGGGCGGCCAUGGAGGCCACAACGGGCUGCGCUCCAUCAUCGACCGGCUGGGCGGCAGCAGCGACUUCCCGCGGAUCAAGGUGGGCAUCGGCCGACCCACGGGUCACAUGCCCAUCGCCUCGUACGUGCUGCAGCCCUUCAGCAAGUCGGAGAGGCCGGAGGUGGAGGUGGCGGUGCAGGAGUGUGUGACGCUGGUCCGCAGCAUCCUUACACUGGGCCUGGAGAAGGCGGCGUCCGGGCAGCGGGUGUGAUGCCGGGCAACAGCCGUGUGGGAAAGAGAGGGGGAGAGAGAGAGAGAGCCCGAGUUUCGUUUGGUUGAGAGUGUAAAGUGGAAGUGGUAGUAAACCACUAACCAUGUGACAUAUGGGGCCGACAGGGGGAGAGGAGAGUAGCAGCCCCUUGGGACCUCGCCGUCUAAGAAGAGAGCUGCAUGGAUAGGUGGCUAGUAGGGCAGGAAGACGUCAUGUGGUGUACGACAUGUACGGCAGUGUACGACAACUGUACGGCAGUGUACGGCGGCUGUCGUACACUUGUACGGCAUCUGUACGGCAUGUGUUUUGACACGACCUCCCACCCCCCUCCUCCCCCCCUUCUCCCCUCGUCGCCUAUACGUCACCCCAGCCCUCCUUGUGAUUCCUGGCACCAUCCCCCCCUCGGAGGGCAGGAGAGCGAAAAAGGUUUUUAUGUGAGCAUGUGUGCAGUACGGUAACUGUGCGGCGGUGGGGCAGCAGUACGGUAGUUCCUUGUCAGCAGGGUUUGUUCAGCCGUACGAUUGCCGUGACGGUAAUGGUCGCUGACUUGAAAGUGGCUGACUUGCGACGCCAUGCCAAGAUGACGUCGCCUUAUUUAUGACUUGUGAUAGGCUGUCACGACUGCCACGUAUUCCUAAACAUUACCGAGUGGAAGGCAAAGGAGUUGAAUGAACACGCACAAGCGGCGGCUUACAUCCGGGUGUUACUAGCGUACCGGUACUAGACAGAGGGUUGCGUGUGUGUUUAACUAAAACUGUCUGUGCGAGCGGCACAGAAGAGUGAGGACAAGUCUUCUAGCUGCAUGCCUUCGUUCUUAGCAAUUUGGGAAGGUGCAGCUUGGGAGGGUUAUGGUUGGUUGGCUGGUGACCUUGUGGCUGGGUGUCUGGCUGAUGAUCCACCCUAACGAAGUGUUGGCGCCAUAUUGGCGCUGGUGAUGCUUGGGUUCGAAGGUGCGAGGAAACGGGACUCAGUAAGCUGGAGGUCGCCGUGGCUGCUGUGCCUUCUCCAUGUUGCGGUCCCGGAUGUGCACAUAUUAUCGUC